AUGAUACUGCUGGACAUCGGCUGCAACAUCGGCGUCUACACCGUCUGGGUCGCCGCCCUGGGGAACCGGGUGGUCGCCCUUGACAUGGUUGGUGCCAACCUGCAUCUGUUACAACUGUCCUUGUACCUCAACCGUCUCGGUAAGAAGGUCACGCUCAUCAACAACGCCGUCUACAGGGAUCACAGAACACUGGAGGCUUUUCUCGGCGCCAGUCGGCUCAACACUUCCAAACCUUUCAAAGUUCAGGAAGACCAAUCUCGGACGCGAGUCAGGGUUCGAACCAUCUGCCUCAACGACCUGGUGCCGCUGCUGAAGGACCAGACCAUCUACAUGAAGAUGGACAUCGAGAACACAGAGCACCAUGCUCUGGCGUGUGCGGACCAGCUCUUCCGACAUGUCAAUAUCAAAAUUGUGCAGAUGGAGUGGCACAGGAGGGUUCCAGAAGAGAGCAAGCCCAUUUUGAACUUCAUGGCAGCUCACGGAUAUGCCGCGUCGUUGUCGUCGGUGCAGUUGUCUCCAGUUAGCCUGGUGACUAUAAGAAGAAAUAUUGAUGUGUUUUUCCUCAAGAAAUCCGCAUUUCACUAA